UUUCUUAUCUGCUUGACCUGAUGUUAAUUUACGCCACAACAAUCUAUAAUGUCCUAAUUUAUAUUGAGAUUCAGUCGGUGUAAGUCAUUGGGUCGGUGAACAUCCGUGCAAUAAAAUAUUGCGUGUACUUGUACAAAACAAUACAAUUAAAUAUGAGAAGCAUAAUUCUAAUAGUCCUUCUUGUAAUAACAUUCGUCGCAAUGGUGGAAGCAAGGUCAUGCUCAAAGGGCAGCGAUCAUCAUUCAAAGUGUGAUGAUGACAGCGAUGAGAAAAGGAAGAGUAAUUGUGAUAGUUCUUCGUCCUCUUCAUCUUCAUCCUCAUCGUCAUCAUCAUCAUCGUCAUCAGAAGAAGAUGAUGACUGCAAAAACGAUCAUGGUAAAAGCAACGAUGAUUCUUCAUCAUCAUCAUCAUCUUCCUCUUCUUCUUCAUCAUCGGAAGAAGAUGAAAAUAAUUGUAUAGACGACGACGAUAACAAUAAACAUCACCACAAAAAAGGCAAACAUCUACAAAAGAAACAUUGUUAAUGAAACGUAUGAUUGAAAAUUGCUUAUUGAAAAAUCUACUGGAGAAGAAGAUAAGGACCCAUACAAAUUUCCCUGUGUGUGACUGCGUAAAUAAGAAAAUGUAAUUAAAAUAUAACAGUAGUAUCAACAUGGUAUAAUAAUAUUAAUUACUGAAGGAAUGUCAACAAGAAAAAAAUGAAUUUUUAACACGACCAUAAUGUAAAUCGAAUCGACUUUAGCAGUAAACCAGAUAUUUAAGAAUAAACGCAUAAUUCCUCUACCAGUACAUGUUUUAUGUUUUUAAAUUGUAAGUGUAACAUUUAAUCUAUUUUGUCUUUAUAUGAUUUAGAUGGAAUAAUUUUAUUAACCUUCUGUAUGUAUGUAACAUAUUACGAUUCGGUUGGAAAAACUUUGUAGCCAAUUCUAUACUGGGCAUUAUAAGACUCAAUGUUCAAUGUGUCAUGAUGAAAUGAGUUCAGGACCAGUUCCGAACUCAUCUGUGCCUGGGCACAGAUUUGAAAUUCAAAAUUAUGGAUGAUGUUGUUACUGUUUAUAGCCACCCUUAGCGAUUACUUUGUCAUUAGGUUUUAUGAAAGUACAAUGUUUUUGAUCCGUGUAAUAUAUAAGUCAUUCAACCCUGGCAGCACGCAUUGAAUAUAUAUUUUUUUUAAAUUAUAGUGAAUAUGUAAGUUUUAUACCUUUUAGAUUAUGUUCAGAGAUGAAGAUCGAUGCAAAUUAUAAUGAGUAGGUGUACUAUUUUGUUUCAUCAAGUAUUUGUAAUAAAAAAUAAAAACGUGUCAUUUACUUCUUAUUUAUUUUGUA